AUGGAAGAAGGCUGGGAUUUCGACGCCGCCCCGGCCAAGUUCAAGCAAGUGCAGCCCUUCCUGCUAGGCCUCUUCGCCGUCUCCGGCACGGGCUGGCUGAUAAACUACAUCACAACGAUCCGAACCGCGUUUCGAGACCGCACCCCGGGCGUUUCCCUCAUCGCUCUGAGCAACAACCUCGCCUGGGAGCUCGUCUUCGCCAUCCUCCACCCCCCACCGCUGCCCAUCGCGACGAUCAUCGUCCGCUCAUGGCUCCUCGUCGACAUCUUCGUCAUCUACACCACGGUACAGUUUGCGCGAGGCGGCACGCCGGGUAAUGCAGGUGCAGGAAAUUCAAAUGCCCAUCCCCCUCCCGCUCUUCUCAGCCGCUCCCUGCCGCUCUUCGUGCUCGCUGGGAUUCUGGGCUUCGCGUCGGGCCACUGGGUGCUCUCCGUGCACCUUGGUCCGCUUCGCGCGUUCUACUGGAGCGGGAUGCUGUGUCUGGUUACGAUGAGCGGCACUGCACUGCAUCUGCUGGUCCAGCGUGGUCAUACGCGUGGGGCGUCGUAUGGGAUGUGGUAA